CUGACUGGAACAGCACUACGAGGCAUUGAGAGAAAAAAUACCCGAUCUAUAAUAUUAAUGGAACUUUUUUCAUAAUCUUCCAUAACUUUUCAAAUAUAUUUUUUUAUAAAUAGUUCAAACGUGCAUAUUUUUUCGUAAUGAACGCUUCAGAAUAUGUAAUUGGAGGUCUGGCUGCCAUGGGUGCGACAACUUUCACCAAUCCAAUCGAUGUCGUUAAAACACGCAUACAGCUACAGGGUGAGUUGGCGGCACGUGGCACCUAUGUUGUGCCGUACAAGGGUAUUUUGCACGGUAUGGUCACGGUGGUGCGUAACGAUGGUUGGACGGGUUUACAGAAGGGGCUGGUGCCGACCAUGUACUUUCAGUUCAUCGUAAAUGGUGUGAGAUUGGGCAUCCAUGCCAGCGCUGCGAAUAUGGGUUGGACACGCAAUAAAAAUGACGAGGAGUCUUUCGGCUUGAAUCUGUUCUGGGGUGCCGCCGGUGGUGCGCUAGGCGCGUACUUUUCCAGUCCAUUUUUUAUGAUAAAGACUCAACUGCAAUCGCGCGCAUCGAAGCAAGUCGCCGUCGGCUAUCAGCACGAACACACGGGCAUGCUAUCAGCGCUCCGCACAGUCUAUCGACAAGGCGGUAUCUCUGGAUUAUGGCGCGGCUCUACAGCUUCCAUUACGCGCGCCUCAAUCGGCUCCGGCACUCAAUUGGCGACAUUCGGUCCGAUCAAGUCAUUUCUGCGCGAAAAAAAUCUGAUCGUUCAGCCGGCCUUGAAUUCGCUCUGUGGUGGUUUCAUUGCCGGUUGUUGUGUAACUGUGGCCAUGACGCCGGCGGAUGUUAUGAUGACACGUAUCUACAAUCAGGGUUUGGAUGCGAAUGGUAAGGGUCUCUUGUACAAUGGUUGGUUGGAUUGUUUUAUGAAGACCGCCCGCGCUGAAGGCCUUUAUGGACUAUAUAAAGGCUAUUGGGCGAAUUAUGUGCGCUUAGUGCCGCACUCGGCAUUGACGUUGUUCUUCUUCGAUGAACUUAUGACUCUCAAAAAUAGAUUAGGUAUUAAAUUCUAGUAUCUUUGAAGAAUGUCAAAAAGUGGACAAA